UACGGGCGGGAAGAGCGAACGGAGCGUACCGAGGACCGAGGCUGCAGCUCCGCGGUGACUCUCCUGCUCUCUUUCAGGGGCUUUCAUGACACACGGCCCGGGGGCCAGCGGGGACCAGUCUGACAACCAGCGGGGUGUUGCUGAGCGGCGUGCGGGGCAGAUGGAGGAUCCUCCCGCAGGAUCCGGCGGGGGCUGCGGUGCAACAGCAGCGGGAGCAGCGGGAGACGCAGCGGGGGCAGCCGGGGAGGGCCCCUCCGUGCAGGUGUCGGAGGUCCGCUGGCCCAGCGGGGCUCAGCCGCUGCGGCUGCUGGAGUGGAGGGUGAAGCCCGGCUCUCUGGUGAACGUGGACUCGGUGCUGGCGCUCUGCGCCCCGGUGGCUCCGGACAGGGCUCCGGAGGCUGCCCGGCUGCCGGAGAAGAAGCUCAAAUCGGACCGCUCCGGAGUGGUGAAGGAGCUCUGCUGCCAGCCCGGCCAGGUCAUCCCUCCCGGCGGUUUGAUCGCCCGAGUGGAAGGAUGCAGCCACCCCAUCGUGAUGAAGGGUCUGUGUGCGGAGUGCGGACAGGAUCUCACCCAGCUGCAGAGCUCCAACGGGAAGCAGCAGAGUCCCAUCUCCACGGCAACCGUCUCCAUGGUGCACAGCGUCCCCGAGUUGAUGGUCAGCUCCGAGCAAGCGGAGCAGCUGGGCCGGGAAGACCAGCAGAGGCUGCACCGCAACAAGAAGCUGGUCCUCAUGGUGGACCUGGACCAGACGUUGAUCCACACCACGGAGCAGCACUGCCAGCGCAUGUCCAACAAGGGAAUCUUCCACUUCCAGCUAGGCCGAGGGGAGCCGAUGCUCCACACGAGGCUCCGCCCACACUGCAAGGAGUUCCUGGAGAAGAUCGCCAAACUGUACGAGCUGCACGUCUUCACCUUCGGCAGCCGCCUCUACGCUCACACCAUCGCAGGCUUUCUGGAUCCUGAAAAGAAGCUUUUCUCCCACAGAAUCCUGUCCCGAGACGAAUGCAUCGAUCCGUCCUCCAAGACGGGGAAUCUGAGGAACCUCUUCCCCUGCGGCGACUCGAUGGUGUGCAUCAUCGACGACCGGGAGGACGUGUGGAAGUUCGCUCCCAACCUCAUCACUGUGAAGAAGUACAUCUACUUCCAGGGCACCGGGGACAUCAACGCUCCGCCUGGCUCCCGGGAAGCUCAGAUGGCCAAGAAAGGGGGGAGUCCCUCAAGUCGACUGACAGAAAGUCCGGAACACGUAGGAACGCCUGGUGCCGAUGAGCAAAACAACGGCCUCAGGAAAAAGUUGAAGGACCAGAAUGUUUCUGGAAAGGAAGAACCCACAACACCUCAACCCUCUCAGGAAGUACCGUCCCACGAUCGGACUCACCCCGCUGCGGUUGCGGAUCACGAGUCGGGACAAGGCUCUCAGACGGAGGUGGACUCCGGGGUGGGCUCGAUGGAAACUCAGGUGAAUAGUGAGACUAAUGUUGCGGAGGAGGAGAGCAACAGGACACGAGAGGUACAGAAAGAUACCAGGUCGUCACGGAUCCACGCCUCCAAUAAUCUAGACUUUGACCUUUCCAGUGACAGCGACAAUGACUCCGUGGUAGGAAAGCCUCCCUCGUCAGACAGCGACAGUGACAGCAGGUCGGGUCAGGCGAAGCAGUCUGGGAAGGACGGGGUCACUCAGGAACCCGCUGACCCCAGCAAGGAAAGCGAAGGAGACGGCAAAAUCCGCUCUGAAGCCGAGCCUUCAGGAGUGGUUCUCCCCGACCCCGAGCUGGGUAACGGCUGCUCCGAUAAGAGGGAGCCCGAAACGGAGUCCCAGAACAGCGAGCAGUCGGGCGUCACCACGGGCGAGGAGCUGCUGGAUCAGAGUAUGGAAGACGAAGAGGACGAGGAGGACGAACCCGACCACGACCAGGACGAUCACCUGAUCUACUUGGAGGAGGUGCUGGAAAGGAUCCACGCCGAGUACUACGCCCGCUACGAGUCCUUCUUGAAGAAGCAGGCCUCGGAAACGCCGGACAUCCGCAGGAUCGUCCCCGAGCUGAAGGGAAAGACACUGGAGAGCACGAUAAUCGUGUUCAGUGGCCUGUACCCAACGAACUACCCCAUGGAAAGCACCCGGGAGUACUACCACGCCAAAGCUCUGGGCGCCAAGAUCGGCAAGAACCUGCUUCUGAGUCCCCAGGACCCCAACCGGACAACGCACCUGAUCGCAGCCAGGGCUGGCACCGAGAAGGUCCGGCAAGCUCAAGGCUGCAAGCACCUCCAUGUGGUCAACCCCGACUGGCUGUGGAGCUGCCUGGAGCGCUGGGAGCGGGUGGAGGAGGAGCUGUACCCCCUGAAGGAGGAUUUCUCCAAGACGCCCAGGAGCAACAGUCCAGCAGCUCUUCCCGACCAUAAAGAGUCGCUGCAGAAGCACAUAUUCCACCCGGCUCCCAUCCACCCGAGGCCCCCGGCGCCAGAGGUGCGGACCUACGACCCCGUGACGGGGAAGCUGAUCCGGAGAGGUCCUCAGACGCCGCGGACCCCGCCGUUCUCCCUCCUCUCCGAUCCCAGGGAGCAGUCGUCUCUCAGGGGGGCGUCUCCGGCCCAGCAGGACGAGGCCUCGGGAUCCGGGCCGGACGACGAGCAGCCCGGGCCGUCCCGCCGGAAGCGGCAGCCCAGCAUGUCGGAGACGAUGCCGCUGUACACGCUGUGCAAGGAGGACCUGGAGAGCAUGGACAAGGAGGUGGACGACAUCUUGGGCGAGGAGAGCGACAACGAGAGCGAGGGUCGAGGGAAGGAGAAGCCCGGCACCGAGGAGAUGGAGGAAGAGGAGCAGCGGCAGCAGAGAGGAGGCAAAGGCCGGGGAAAGCUGGGUCCUCAGGCGGCGAGCCCGGAGGAGAGGCCUCACCCGGCGUCCAGCCAGUCCGGCGUGGCUCAGAACGUCUCACGGGGCUACAAGCGGAAACACGACGAAGCCAAGGAGGACGAGGACGCCGCCGGCAAACGGGAAGCCGACGACUCGGCCGACGAGUCGUCCAAAGACUCCAACGAGGAGGAGGAGGGCAGCAGCUCGGAGGCCGACGAGAUGGCGGCCGCGCUGGAGGCGGAGCUUAACGACUUCAUGUGAUGAGCAGGGGAGGGGGGGGGGGUUUCGGGAAUUGACUAAACCGAACCCCCGGCGGAACCGCCAACGCUACGAGUGGUACUAAAAGAAGUUAUUUUUCUGCUUGGGUGUGUGAUUAGGAUCCAUGAGCCAUGAACGCCGGCGCUGAACGGACAGAGAGGCGAUGAAUGUCCUGUACAGAAACCAGACUGCGCUGUGUAAAUACGGCCAAGACCUUUUGUAGCUUUUCUGGCAAGGAACCCUUUGAUGUUAACAUUUUAUUGUAAGAUAACAAGCUAUAUAUAUAUAUAUAUAUAUAUAUAUAUAUAUAUAUAUAUAU